CAAAAAUUUCUCAGCAGAUGGGACAAAAUUGAUAACUAUCAUCAUACUACUAUUCAAAGUAAAACUUCUCUCUUUUGGACGGUGGGGUUCCGUUACCGAACCGUCACCGUCACUCCUUCCCUCCAGCGCCAUCGCCAAACAGCAUCCAACUAUAAAGCCCCUCAUUCAGUUCUUGCUCUUGAAUUGGUUCCGAUCCGUUACUCUCCUCCUUUGACGUCUCUUGCUUAACCCCUACGGCCCCCCAAUCUCUCUCCUCUCUCUGUAAAAAUCAUCAAAGAUUUAAAAAAAAAAAAAAAAAACUGUUUCCGGGGGGGGCGGGGGGGGUUUUCCUAUUCACAUCAAGAAAAGCAUCAUUCUUCAAUAUCCCCACGCCUUUUCUCCCCUUUAUUUAUACGCACAGUCCUCGUGCAUAUUCCAGAAUUCCCGAUCAAUUCUCCCUCAAUUCCAUGAAUUCCUUGAGAUCAUUCCUUUUCCUGUCCCUUCUCUCCGUUUCUUUUUCCCACGAAUCUUUUCAUCCUCAUUCCAGUCACCUCCUUCCAAGACCUUUGAUCCUCGAGUACCCUUCAAACAUCGAGACCCAGUUCAGGAAUUCGGGAGAGGAAAUUGAUUUAGAGUGUACCAGUUGGAGAUUCGCUGUCGAGGCUAACAAUUUAAGCCCUUGGAAAACAAUCCCACAGGAGUGUGGCGAUUAUGUGAAGGAAUACAUGAUGGGCCGGGCUUAUAGAAGCGACCUCGAUAGGGUUUCGAAAGAGGCCGGUGAAUAUGCCAUGGGGGUUGAUUUGAAUGAAGAUGGGAAGGAUGUUUGGGUGUUUGACGUCGAUGAGACUCUGCUUUCCAAUCUUCCGUACUAUAUUGACCAUGGUUAUGGGUCAGAGAUCUUUGAUAGUGUGGAGUUUGAUAAGUGGGUUGACAAGGCUGUGGCACCUCCAAUAGAUUCCAGCUUGAAGCUAUAUGAAGAGGUUUUGAAGUUGGGAUUCAAAAUUUUCUUGCUUACUGGGCGGAGCGAAAAACAAAGGGGUGUUACUGUGGAGAAUUUGAUCAAUGCAGGAUUUCGAGAUUGGGACCAACUCAUAUUGAGAGCCCCAGAGGACCAUGGAAAACAGGCGACAAUGUACAAGUCAGAGAAGAGGAACGACAUGGUAGAAGAGGGAUAUCGCAUUCUGGGAAACUCCGGAGACCAAUGGAGUGAUCUAUUGGGUUCAUCGGUUUCCAUCCGCUCGUUCAAGCUCCCCAAUCCCAUGUAUUAUAUUUCAUAGUUAGACUUAGGAAAUUGAUAUUCGCGCUCUUUUUUUUUAUGCAGGCGCUCCACUUUGUUCAUGAAGUUGUUGAAAGUGGAGCGUGAAUAUCAAUUCCCUAGGCUUAUUGGUUCUUAUGGAAACUCAAAUAAAUUCUUGUACAUUGGACGGGGAAAGUUUACUCGUCAUUGGCAGAGGCACCAUUCUCUGAAAGAUUGAUAUACUGAACUGAACGAUCUUUUUGCUCUGUGUAUUCAAGUAUAUAAAGUUAUAUGCAUUGUGGAUA